UUACAACGAGCAAGUAGUAAUCCGGCUAGUGUUAGUCUGCUGCACCUGUGAAAAAUAAUUUAACCAGUCAGCUUCAGCAAUAAUUAAUUUCGGAAAACUUACAACUGGCGGGGGGAAGCAACGUGCUCAUGAACAAUUCUACUGUACUUACACACCCUUACUACUUGUCCCCUAGAUUGUGUCUAGUGAUUUUGAUGUGUUCUACCAUCAACUGCCCCAGUCUAGGUGACCAAUGUGAAGUUGUGAUUUCUUUUAAAAAGCGCAGAUCUGACCUAACCAAACUGAACUGCACAAUGGAAUCCAUCAGACAGGCCAUUGUCGACAAUGCACGCCCAGUCCCAGGCGCUACAUGUUUUUAAAUGCACACUUUGUACAUCAUGGCUUUCGUGCACAGCCAUAAUCUUAAAAACAAAAAUAUGACCAGAUAUGCUGCGCCUGUCUUAAAAUAAGUCCACAUUUGGGAUAACUAUACCGGAAUCUUCCAGACAGUCGCCUUAUUACACACGCAGAAGGAAUACCACGGAUCAGGGCCCAGGCUGAAGUGGGGGGUAAUGCCCUCGAGUGAAGUGCCACGUUAACUUUAUAAGUAACUUGUGAACUGUGAGUUUGCCUUGUAAAAAAAUAAGGAAUAGGCCUAACUUCACUUCAAAGUUCGACGAAUAAUUGGCAGAAUGCCCAAGGGGAAAGGACUGGAAAAAAUAGACGGAAGUGUAUUGUUCUUUUGGUACACAUUUCUCAGAAAGCCAUUUAUUUGGAAAUUGCACAAUAACACUCAGCAGUCACCGAAGAUGUGAAAGUGGUAUUGCAACAUUGAAUACGAAUUAUAAUGGCCGCAAAGCAAACAAAUAUGGCUCGCUGGCAAAUGGUCGUAACUUCCUGGCACUUGAGAACAAUUCCUAUGUAGUUUUCCCAGCUAUUUUGUAUCUUCUCGGUUGAACAACAAACAGGAAACGUCUGUGCCAUAAAUUUGAUUGCCAUGUCCUUUUGCCAGUGGAAACGCGUGCAAUACACAAAUCUAACCAAUUGUUGCAAAGAAGAAGGGAGGAACUUCCUGUGCGUGACGCAAAUUUCACGGUCAAGCUUUCAAGCCCCACCUUUUGUGUUUCCCGCACCGUCAAUCAAAAUAGAAAAAAUCAACCCGAAUACCCCUUCGGAGCCCGCCUUUGAUUAAAGCAAUCAUGUUUGGAGUUUAAAUGAACAUUAAUCCUUCCAAUUUUUACCUUUCACGCUAUGACUGGUACGUAACAUUUAACCCGAUCGAAGCGUACCAUCACCGGUGAGUUUGCAUUACCAUUAGCAAGCAAGCUAAGUCUUUAAUCUUUUUCAGCAGCUAAACUAGCAGUUGUAUAGCUAGCUACCUAGCUAGCAACUCUUUAACAAAGUAAAUUGUUGAGAGCUGAGAGCUAUGCACUCUUUGUUCUGAUGCCGCGAUUGCAGAUACAGUUGCAACACACUAGUUCUCACUUUUUUCUCUUUACUCGCCAUCUUGCUGGAUGCAAUCAGCGGGAAAGUGUUUGUUCAGUUCAGUUUUCCUCUCCCUGUUUGUCUUUAGCCCCAGAACAGCCAGUUAAACAGAAGGAAAUGGCUGCCUUGGACGUGGACAGCAGUCAAAGCGACUUUCUGCAGAACGCCAGCGGCGGCCAGGAGCAGACGACAGAUCUGACGUCCAUCCAGCUCACGGGCUCGGCAGACCGCUGGGAGGUGCUGACCCCUGUCAGUAACACCGCCACCACCGCCGCUGGCAUGGUGACCUGCUCCAACGGCCAGUACGUACUGCAAGGCAUGCAGAGUCAGCCCAUCUUCGUAACAGCGGGCGCGGGAGACGGCACGGGCACCAAUGGCCUGCAGUACCAGGUCAUCCCCCAGCUCCAGACGGCAGACGGCGGGCAGCUCAGCUACACCCAGACGGCGACGACGGUGGACGGCACGACGAUAGGUGCCGCGCAGUCGCUGGAGGACCUCCAGAUCCUGCCCGCCGACGCCGCCACCCAGGCCGGCCUGGCGUCGCAGAUCCAAGGGGUCUCGUUCGGCGGGCAGGCCGGCGCCGCGCAAGUGCUCACCAACGUGGCCGGUCUGCCCGGAAACAUCACCUUCGUGCCCAUCAGCAGCUUGGACCUGGAGUCUCUGGGGCUAGCGGGCGCCCAGGCCCUCUCUGCCAGCCUGACGCCCGACGGGCAGCUCAUCAUGACGGCCCCGGGCGGUGCCGAGGCGGGCGCGGUGUCGCUGGUAGGUGGCGCCGGUGGUGACGGCUCGGACAAAGUAGGCGCCGCGCCUGGCCAAGUGGUGACGCUCGCCGAUGGCACCACCGCCGUCACCGCCACCGGCGGCUCCGUGGACAUGUUUGUGCCAAACUCUACGUCGUCGUCGUCGGUGGUGGCGCCGCAGACCACCACGGUGACGUCGUCGCUGCCGGAGACGAUAGACGGCACAGGUGUGCUGACGCAAGCCACCGCCGUGUCGCUCGGGCAACAGGACCCCUCGGCGGCCAUCCCGGCGGACGCCUACCUCCAACAGAACCACAUCGCCAUCUCCAGCGGCGGCACCGUCGUGUCCUCCGACGCCCUCCAGGUCACCACGGCGUCCACCGCCGCUACCCAGCAGCCCCAGCUCAUCCAGGUGCAGACGGCGGACGGGGUGACCACGGCGCCGCAGGCCAUGCAGAGCGUGCAGCUCAUCAACCCGGGCACCUUCCUCAUCCAGGCCCAGACCGUCAGCCCCACGGGCCAGAUCCAGUGGCAGACCUUCCAGGUGCAGGGCGUGCAGGGCCUGCAGAACCUGCAGCUGGGCGGAGCGGGGCUGGGGAACGGCGGCGUCACGCUGGCCCCCGUGCAGACGCUGCAGCUGGGGCAGGGGGGAGCGGUGGGCGCUGGGCAGAUCCCCAACCUGCAGACGGUCACCGUCAACUCCAUCGCCCAGUUUCAGCAGGAGGACACGGGCAGCCCGUCAGACAUCCACAUAAAGGAGGAGCCGGACUCGGAGGACUGGCAACUGAGUGGCGACUCCACGCUCAACGCCAGCGACCUGUCCAACCUGCGCGUCCAAUUGGGCGACGAGGACUCGGAAGGGGCGGGGCCAGAGAGCAAGCGGUUGCGCAGGGUGGCUUGCACGUGCCCCAACUGCAAGGAGGCCGGGGGAAGGGGGUCGAACAUGGGCAAGAAGAAGCAGCACAUCUGCCACAUUCCGGGCUGCGGUAAGGUGUACGGCAAGACGUCGCACCUGCGCGCCCAUCUGCGCUGGCACUCGGGGGAGCGGCCCUUCGUCUGCAACUGGAUGUUCUGCGGCAAGAGGUUCACACGCAGCGACGAGCUGCAGAGACACCGGAGAACACACACCGGGGAGAAGAAGUUUGUGUGUCCGGAGUGCUCCAAGCGCUUCAUGCGGAGCGACCACUUGGCCAAACACAUUAAAACUCACCAGAACAAAAAGGGCCUGUCGGGUUCGGGCGCAGCGGGGAUGGCACCGCUGUCAGAGGCCGACCUAUCAGGGGACAGCAUCAUCACCACGGGGGGCGGGACCACGCUCAUCCUGACCAAUCUGCCACAGGGCGCCACCCCCGAGCUCCUGGCCGGCUCGGAAAUCCCCCUGCAGCUAGUCACCGUGUCGGCCAGCGAGGUCAUGGAGUGACCUUGACUUUGACCCCUUUCACUCUUUGACCCCCUCACCACCCGUCUGUACCCCGACCCCGACCCCUGACCCGACACCCACCCCCUCUCCCCCCUUUCACAGCUCACCGGCUUUUCACUAUCAAUUUUUUAUAUAUAUACAUAAUAAAUAUAUAUAUAUAUUUUAAAAAAGAAUUAUUAUCCGUCUAUGUUCAAUAGCAGUUUUUUUUACAAAGCAGUGCAAAAAAAAACAACAGUGACCUAUAAUGAUGUUCCAUUCCUUGUACUCUUCUCUCUUUCUCAUAAGACGAAGUUAAACGCUGGCCCACGAGACAUUUACACAAAACACACACACACACACACACAAGUAUAUACGCGCAAAACUCAACGAAAUGCCUUAUUUUGUACCGUAAUCUGUAGUAUAUAAUGCUGGAGUUGCAUGUUUAUUUUUCUUUGGCUCUUUUUGUUGUUGUUCAUUCUGUAAUUGUAUAAAGACGAAUGGAGAAUGAUCAUUUGUGGGAUUGUAUAUGGAUUGAUUGAGUGUAGAGUGAAUGUGAGCGUGUGUGCUUGAGUGGAUGAGGGAGCGUGUGUGUUUGCGUUUGUGAUUAUGAUGAGCGUUAUGGUACACGAGGGAUGUCAGGUGUGUGUGUCUGUGUGUCUGUGUGUGAGCGAGAGAAUGCGUCUGUAGAAUGGGAUUCAGGGAUCGGGUCUGUAGAGGUAAAUGAAGUGGCUUUGUCUCUGGGAAAAGAAUGGUUCUGUUUGUCCAUACGGGCCUCCAUUGACAGAAUGUGUCUUUGUGUUUCAGCUUCUGCACACACACUUUUUUUUUCUAGGUUUAAUCGUUUAUGAUUUCACAUCAAAUGACAACCCAAAUGUGGCAUAAAGAGCUCUUUUUUUCUUUAUUUUCAUUAUUCUUAUUUUAAUUUGAAAGGAAUUCUCUUGUCAUGCAAAUGAGAGUUAACUUGAAGAUUCUUUCCCCUCAUGUGGCAAAACAAUCAUGUGUCUAAAUGUUUUUGUACGUAUGGUUACUUUUAUUUUUCUUUAUCUGUAAAGUCCACCAUAUGCCUGUGUGUCAUGAAUCAUAUGUAUACCCCAUCAUCUCUCUCUCUCUCUCUCUCUCUCUCUCUCUCUCUCUCUCUCUCUCUCUCUCUCUCUCUCUCUCUCUCUCUCUCUCUCUCUCUCUCUCUCUCUCUCUCUCUCUCUCUGACUGAGACCCUUAAUAUUUACAGUCACCAUUUGUAGUUUAAAGAAAGCAAUUCUGUUGUAUCAAAGCUACUUUUAUUUUAAUUACUUUUUUGAACAUGUGUAAAAUUUGAAUGUUACUUUUUUGUACAUCAUUUUUUGUUUUCGUUUUUUUCAAAUGGAACACAAUUAAAGUCCAAAAUUCUUACUAUGGAAAGGGGUUGCAUUUUAGUGAGUCCUUACAAUUUACCGGCUAAUCAGAUACAGGUUGGCUACCCAAAAGGUCUGUUAAUUCUUGUUUGACCUUCUGACAGGUUUAAAAUGCAGUAUAUUUUUUGCCUGCGUGACAGCAAGUCUGUUCAGCUCCAUUGUAAGCUAACAGACACCUCAAUAUCCUUAAUAUCCAGGAUUAAUGAUGUUCACUCUACUCUCUACAUCCCAAUUACAAAUGAGAGAACGACUUUUAAAUUGUGUUUUUGUAAGGUAUUCACUAACAGUUUUGAUCAUAGAUGACGUCGAGCCACAUGUCUUGAGGAUGGGGGCCAGAGGAAAUGAUUAGAGGACAGAGGAUGCCUUCC